AUGCCUGAAAUCAUGGAAAAUGUUUCUACUUUUAAAUUCUUUAUUCUUUCUGGGCUGCAGGACUCAGGAGUUUACAAGCCUCUGUACUUCUUGUUGGCGUUUGUCCUUUACAUCCUCAUUAUUAUAGUCAACUUAACUUUGAUCUUUAUUGUGACAGUGGAUAAAAGCCUCCAUGAGCCCAUGUACAUUUUCAUCUGUAAUCUGUGUGCAAAUGGACUUUACGGGACUGUUGGUUUUUAUCCCAAAUUUUUGCUGGACUUGCAAUCUGAUAUUCACAUGAUAAGCUACAGUUGGUGCCUGCUUCAAACAUAUGUGAUUUAUAGCUCUGCACUGUGUGAAAUGUCAGUUUUAACAGUGAUGUCUUAUGAUCGCUAUGUGGCAAUUUGCAGACCACUGCAAUACCACAGCAUUUUGACUCCACGUGCCGUGUCAAAGUUGCUUGUAUUAGCCUGGUCCUUCCCUCUUUUGUCGUCAGCAAUAGUUUUUCUCCUUACUUCUAGAAUACCCAUUUGUAGAUCUUACAUCCAUAAACUAUUCUGUGACAAUCCUUCAAUACUAAUGCUGGGAUGUUAUCAAGCAAUAGCCAACCAGGCAUGGAGCAUGGUGGUUAUUACAGUAUAUCUUAUACAGUUUGUCUUAACUUUAGUUUCUUAUGCUCAUAUUGUCAAAGUUUGUACAUCAUCCAGUGAGGGUAGAAAAAAAUUCAGUAAAACUUGUGUUCCGCAUAUAGUGGUUAUGGUCAUAUAUAUUGUGACUGCAUUGUUUGAUGUAUUUUACAGCUGGGAUGGUUCACUAAAUCUUCCAAUUGGUGUACGUAAUGCAUUGGCUAUACAAUUUCUGAUUUUUCCCCCACUAUUAAACCCAUUAAUUUAUGGCCUCCAACUUCCACGGAUUCGAAAAGUACUAUGUAGACAAAGUUGUAGACAUAAAGUGUGUUAUCUUAGAAAUAAUGCAUGAUUGUUGUUUGAACCAUGUCCUAGUUUGAUUAUUCUGGUCUUAAAUGAAAUGAAAUAAGAACGGCUUAAUUAGUUGAGGGGACACUGUG